AUGGCGUGCAUGCCGGCCGUGUCCGCCCCCUCCGUCCUCGCGCCGGCACCGGCGUCGACCCGCACCCACCUCUGCUACUCAACGGAAACGAGACGCGGCGCGCUCUCACUCCGCCCCGCCCGCGCUAUCCCGGCGCUGAGGCUCGGCUGCCACCGCGACGCCCGUAGCGCCGUCGUCGUCCGCGCCGCUGCGGCAGAGGGAGCCGUGGAUCUGCAGGCCAAAGUGACAACCAAGUGCUUCUUCGACGCGGAGGUCGGCGGGGAGCCCGCUGGCCGCAUCGUCAUCGGGCUCUUCGGAGAGGUCGUACGUAAGACCGUCGACAACUUCCGUGCACUCUGCACUGGUGAGAAAGGGUACGGCUACAAGGGUUGCUCCUUCCACCGGAUCAUCAAGGACUUUAUGAUUCAAGGCGGGGACUUCCAGGAAAACAAUGGUACUGGUGGGAGAAGUAUUUAUGGUGAAUGCUUCGAUGAUGAAAAUUUUGCGUUGAAGCAUGUUGGCCCUGGUGUGCUAAGCAUGGCAAAUGCUGGCCCUAACACAAAUGGAAGUCAAUUUUUCAUUUGCACUGUGAAGACACCGUGGUUGGACAACCGUCACGUCGUGUUUGGACAUGUCUUAGAGGGGAUGGACGUGGUGAAGCAGCUUGAAUCUCAAGAAACCAGCAGGUCCGAUACUCCCAAGCAGCCCUGUCGCAUCGUUAAUUGUGGCGAGCUACCCCUGGACAGCUGA